CAUUGAAUACUGAAACAUGAAAAAGGAACGAAAUGGUCCUUAACUGCUGACCGGCCGAAAGCCUGGCGUCUCCACGCCGCGGAACGUUCUGCAAGCGCUAAGGGAAGGCGGGGGCGGCACGUUUAGGGGCGGACAGUGAGAAAGGAAGCUCCAGCGGUCUCCUUUUGGCAACCAAGCCGUGGGUCAAGUUUCGGCUUCUGGGGCCAGCGGUCGGUCUGGACGAGGGGCACAGACCCGGAUUCGCAUCCUGGCAGGGCACUGACCGGCCAACCGACGUUGGCCGCGGUGACGACGCUCGGCACCCGCACCUGCCCUCCGAGGGUAGCCCCCUGCCCGCUCCGGGGCGUCCGUGAGGCCGGACUCUUAGGUGCCAGGGCUCCUGGGCGCCGGGCCACGUUUCCCAGGGCCGCUCUCAGUGACGCACCAGCCGGAAGUGACCGUGUUGUGGCGGAAGGAGGCGCUUUCUGGGAGUAGCCGGUGCUGAGUGAACCGUGGCCGGCAAAGAUGAUUCAGGCGAUUCUGGUUUUCAACAACCAUGGGAAGCCGCGGCUAGUCCGCUUCUACCAGCGUUUCCCAGAGGAAAUUCAACAGCAGAUUGUUCGAGAGACUUUCCAUCUAGUCCUCAAGCGAGAUGACAACAUUUGUAACUUCUUGGAGGGUGGAAGUUUGAUUGGUGGCUCUGACUACAAACUGAUCUACCGGCACUAUGCUACCCUCUACUUUGUAUUUUGUGUGGAUUCGUCAGAGAGUGAACUUGGAAUCUUGGACCUCAUCCAGGUUUUUGUGGAGACUCUGGAUAAGUGUUUUGAAAAUGUGUGUGAAUUGGAUUUGAUCUUCCAUAUGGAUAAGUGCAAUUGCUGGGUCAUAGAUGAGGCUUCUAGAAGGAAGAAACGGGAAGCACAAAGGCACCAGCAGGUACACUACAUCCUCCAGGAGGUGGUAAUGGGUGGGAUGGUGUUGGAAACAAACAUGAAUGAAAUCGUGGCUCAGAUUGAAGCUCAAAACAGGCUGGAGAAAUCCGAGGGUGGCCUUUCAGCAGCCCCUGCACGGGCCGUGUCUGCCGUGAAAAACAUCAACCUGCCUGAGAUUCCUCGGAACAUCAACAUUGGCGAUCUCAACAUUAAAGUUCCCAACCUGUCCCAGUUUGUCUGAGGGUCAAGGAUUGGGCUGAAAUUGAGUCCUUAAGGCAAGCAAAGAUGAGCACGUCUGGAAACAGAACCCAUUUUGAGCCUUAGAAGAGGGAAGCCUCAGAUCCCAGAAUCUUUGUGUCUUGGGAAGACUGUUUGACAUGGAAUGGGGACGGGAUUCCUGUUGACCCAGUUCUCACAUUUGCAGCCAUGCCGCUCUCUGAUGCACACGGCCACUGCAGAUGUGAGGGGCCCUGCCUUCCUCAGCAGGAAGUCAGCGUGCCCAAGCCACUUGGACCUUUACCUCUCACACGGGCGCUCCCAAGGGGGUGUCCUGCUUCCCAGAACCUCCUCACUAGGGCCGAGCCCCUUCUCUCACUAGAGUCUUCAUCCUUAGCACCACAGGCUUCUGAGAUCCCAUGGCCUUCCCUUGCUGGUGAGGGGUCAGAGGCAGGUAGAAAAGGGCUGGCCCUACAGAUCUGGGGAUGUGGUGAGUGGCAAGUAAGGACAGGAUUUUAGGAGAACCAGAGUCACCCGCUGGCUUUACUGAGAUUGUUAUACUCAGAAUCCUUUUGUGUUUCUUUGAGAUAAAGUCUUGCUCUGCUGUCCAGGCUGGAGUGGCAGUGGCAGGAUCUCAGCUCACUGGAACCUCCACCUCCCAGGUUCAAGCAAUUCUCCUGCCUCAGCCUUCCCAGUAGCUGGGAUUACAGGAAUCCACCACCACACUUGGCUAGUUUUUAUAUUUUUAGUAGAUAGAGGGUUUCACCAUGUUGGCCAGGCUGGUCUCGAACUCCUGACCUCAAGCGAUCCAGCCGCCUCGGCCUGCCAAAGUACUGGCGUUACAGGCAUGAGCUUCCAUGCCCGGCCUCCAGAAUCCUCUUGUAUUGCCAAACCUUUUGAUUACCACCUCAUGAAGAAGACGCUUCCUGCACUGCCCCAGUCCCACUUCUGUUCUCACAGGUGUUAUGUGCAGGACACAAUCCAAAUCAUAAAGCUAGCACAGACCACAUUCCUGCUAAUAGGGAAAGGGACCCUCCACACCCACACAUGCCAAUGGUUCCUCCUCACAGAGGCGAGGUCCUGUGACUGUAGAAGGUUAAAGCUGACAACAUGUGGAACAUCCCAGAAUUAUGACUCUUCUCCAGUUUAAAAUAUAUUCUCCUGACGGGAACAGAAGGUUCAUUAUGCGUUAUGAAUGAGCUGCCUCCAUAGGAAACCCACUGCCACCUGUGCCAGCUUCUGGAGGGUGGGAACCUGAGCUGGUGUCGCCCUUCUGGGGCCUGGACAUGACAUGCACUGGCUGAAACUAGGAACAGGACUGCCUCAUUCUUUGAGUCUCUCAUCGGACUAGCAGCCUGCAUCUGCGGAGACUGCAGUCAGUGGCUUUGUGAUAUAUGGAAUAGUUACAGGACAGUAACCCAUUUCCUACUUCUACCUGAUCACAUAGCGCCCUGCUGGGCCCUACCCCAAACAGCCCCCUUUCUGCUAGGCCUGGCCAUGGCCCCCUACUUGCCACAUUGAGGAGUAACUCAGGGUAUCUUGAGCCCUCUCAGAUCCUUGUUUAUUCAGGCCUCUGCCACAUAUAGAGCCAGCCUUCUCUCCCCACCGCCUCCACCACCGUGGAGCCCACUUGGUAAAACCCUCUUCGCCCAGCUUCACCAGAAAAGACAGCAGGGGAGCCAGGUUUGAACCAGCACAGCUAAAUCUCAUCUUGUGGACCAGUCUUUAGUAAGGGCGUUCCAAAUAGGAUGCAGCAAUGAUUGGCAUGAGUAUUCAGAUCAGAGGUGGGGCUAGUCCAUGUUUAGCAAUAGCCAAACUGGAGAGUCUCUGAGGUAUGAGAGUCCCAGAAGGAUUUGUCGGCUCCUGGCAGAUGUUCUGAUUUUCACCUUCCUGAGUCUCCCCUCCCGUAACAGGGGGCCAGUCUCACUGUGGUAAUUGUUAGCCCAGGGUGCGCCGUACUCACAUGCCAGCAUGGUGGCAUUGGCGCUGGCAGGCUGGUGAAUGCCAUCUUCAGGGUUACGACUCUCCCUUCUCUCCAUCUGCAGUCUUUCAGCAGAAGUUGGCAGAUGUGAAAACAGGCCCCCUAUAGGGAAGUAGUUCCAUGAAAAUGAUUAAUUCUUUCCAAAAGACUUAAAAUUCUUUCCUAUUUCAAUUUUUCCUUUCAAAAAAGGAAAUACAUUCAUGUAGUUCAAAACUUAAGAAAACAAAAGUCUGUUCAGCAAAAGACACCCACUCUGUUUCCCCAAACACCGAGCCCCAUGCUGCAUGCUCCAGGCCCCAUCCUGGUAGCAAGAAGUGUUUCCAGUUUAAAGGUUAAGAAACAAAGUCCCAGCUGGGUGUGGUGGCUCACGCUUGUAAUCCCAGCACUUUGGGAGGCCGAGGGAGGUGGAUCUGAGGUCAGGAGUUCAAGACUAGCCUGACCAAUAUGGUGAAACCUGUCUCUAAUUUAUAAAAAAAAAAAAAAAGAAAGUCCCAGGAUUUUGAUUUGGGAUAUCUUCCUGAGAGUGUGAGCUGUGUUCCAUUUGGCACUGGUGGUUGACCUCGGCCCACUAGGAUCAUGCCGCCCUCUCCAGGGAGGAGGGCCUCCCCCUCACCCUGUGCAGUGGCACCCCUGCCUGGCACUGCCUGCCCUUGCUUAGUGUAACUUUCCUGUGGCACUCUGACGGACCAGAGAUUUGGUUUCUGAAGUGACUGGCUGUUUACCCCUGCUGGGAUAUGAGUCCAUCCAGGGCGGGGGGCUCAUCUCUUGUUCAGCGCCGCAUCCCAGCUGCUGUGCACCAUGCCUGGUCCAUGGUGUUCAAUAAAUCACUGUUGGAUGAGUGAA